CCGGGGACGUCCUUAUCCUAAAGAUGCAGGGCCAGGCCUCUUCCUCUGGAAAGUGCAGGAUCACAUGCACAGCCCUAACUAAGCCUUUCAGUCCUGUUGGCUUGGAAGACCAUUUCAGGGAGACCUGCCCUACUGGGAACAGACGCGUCUCAGCUGUGUGUGGACAGCACGCAGGCGGGCAGCGAGCCUCCGGGGAAAAGACCUCGACCCGGCAGCAUGCUCCAGGUUCCGGGGUCGGCGCGCGGCGCUGCGGCGGUGCUGCGGACCGCGCUGAUGUGCGCGUUGCUGGGGCUCCCGCGCGCGCAGCCCUGGUCCUGUCCGCAGGCCUGCAGGUGCCCGUUCCGCGACGCGGCGCAGUGCCGGGGCAGCCCGGUGACGCGCGUCCCCGCGCUCGGCCUGCCCGCCAACCUCACGCACCUGCUGCUCUUCCACAUGGGCCCCGGCGCCCUCCCCAACGCCAGCUUCCGCGGCAUGACCGUCCUGCAGCGCCUGAUCCUCUCCGACAGCCCCAUCUCUGCCGUCGCCCCGGGCACCUUCGACGACCUGAUCAAGCUGAAAACCCUGAGGCUGUCCCGCGACAACAUCCCCCACCUCCCCCGCGCGCUGCUGGACAGGACGCUGCUCUUGGAGCAGCUGUUCCUGGACGGCAACGCACUGCGCACCAUCGAGCCUGACCUGUUCCGGAACCUGGCCAACCUGCAGGAGCUCGUUCUGAGCCACAACCGGCUCUCUUCGCUCCCUGCAAACCUCUUCGCGAACCUGGGCAGGCUGAAAGUGCUGGAUCUAUCGGGGAACAACCUGACGCACCUGCCCAAGGGGCUGCUCGGCGCCCAGGCCGAACUCCAGGAGCUCCUGCUGCACUCGAACCAGCUCGUCUCGCUGGACUCGGGGCUGCUGGACAGCCUGGGCGCCCUGGUGCGGCUGGAGCUCGAUCGGAAUCGCAUCCGCUCUAUCGCCCCCGGCGCCUUCGACCGCCUGGGAAACCUGAGCUCGCUGACGCUGGCGAGCAACCGCCUGGAGCUGCUGCCCCCCGGCCUGUUCCUGCACAAGCCCUGGCUGACGCUGCUCACGCUCUUCGAGAACCCGCUGGCCGAGCUCCCCGGGGUGCUCUUCGGGCCCAUGCCCGGCCUGCGCGCGCUGAGCCUCAAUAGCACCCGGCUGCGCUCCCUGCCCCGCGCGCUGCUGCGCAACCUCAGCUCCCUGGAGCGCUUGCGGCUGGACCGCAGCCAGCUGGAGGCGCUGCCCGGCGACGCGUUCGCGGCCCUGCCCCGGCUCACCGAGGUCCUGCUGGGCCACAAUCCCUGGCUGUGCGACUGCGGCCUGUGGCCGUUCCUCCAGUGGCUGCGGCAGCACCCGGGCGUCGUGGGUCGGGCUGAGCCCCCGCGGUGCUCCGGCCCGGAGCCGCGCGCCGGCCUGCAGCUCUGGGAGUUGCUCGAGGGCGACCCCUGGUGUCCGAGCCCGCGGGGCGCGCUCGACCGCGCCCGGGUCCCCCCCGCGGUGCCCGGCAGCUCGGAGCCCUGGGAGCGCGUCCAGCCGGUGGCCGCUGGCGAGGAGGGUGGAGCUCACGAUCUCUACUGGGCUCUGUUCGUCCUGCUUCUAGCGGGCCAGGCCAUCGUAGCCGGGGUCAUUGUGUUUGCUAUGGUCAAGAUAGGCGGGCUCUUUCGGAAAUUAAUCAGGGAGAGGGUGCUCGUGUGAGUCCCAGGGGAACCUCGCCAGCAAUGAACCGUGAGCAGAGCACGUUGGGUGUGGCUCGCGGAGACUGCCCGGCCUAUCCUGGUGGCCUCCUGUGAGUUCCCACUUAUUUACAGCAGCCAAAUUGGUCCUUUGGUUUUUAUUUCCUGGAACUAAGCGCCACUUUGUUUUACGAGCGUUUUCGGAGCAGUGAACGUGUGACCGGUGUUCACGACAGUAAUGAUAAGCUUGGUGUCUGGUUUAUGGCGCUUGUAUCACGUCCUCAUUUAUUCUUCCAAUUGAAAGCAGUUAAGCCCUUGUUGCUUUAAUUGGAUGUCACGGGCUGGGGAGAUGACAGCUACGGGUUCCUCCUGGCUCCACCACUUACUAACUGCGCUGGUUCUGGGCAGGGCACCUACACACAUUCUCCAUGCCUGGCUUCCCUCAUUCCUGAAAAGAGAUAAAAUGUCCCUGCCCCAUGAGUCGCUGUGGGCAUCAGUGGCCACCAAGCCCAUAAAGGCUUAACCCAGUGCCCUGCAUACAGUAAAUGCCCAGUGGGUGACGGCUGUGAUUACUAUAGUGAUUAUUAUUAAAGCAUCAGGAUUUCUAAAGAACUUCGAGUUGGUGUUUCCCUCUGUGUAAAAAGUAAGAGCAAACUUUCUCAAACUGGAGGUGCCAUUCUCAUCAGUCUAGUGUCACCCAGUGGGUGGUGUCAGCCCAGUGUGGCCAUGGCGGUAGGCCAGAGCAAUAGAUCCUCCAAUAGCAUCCAUUGACCCCAGAGCAGAGGAGCUGGGUCCUGGGGUGUGUGUGUGUGUGUGUGUGUGUGUGUGUGUGUCCAGGUUCUAAAGUUUCCCUUGCUGAAACCUUCACAUGCCCAGCGGACUCACCUUUCCUUGUUUCCAAAUUUUGAAACUACCUGCAGCUUAAAGUCCAGAUGUUUCUGAUGGAACACAGUCAGUUCAACCACCCUCACGCUCAGUGGACCCUCCCAGCUUGCUCAGCCUCAGUUUCCUGGCCUGCCCAGUGGGGAUAAUAAUGGCCCCUCCCCUUGUGGCAAGGGUGAAGUGCGGGAACCGAGGUGACGUGCAUCAGAUGAAGUCUGUGUCCGUGACGGAAAACGCCCAUCCCAAUCCAAUAUCUCAGCACCUUGCAGGGCUCUGCCAGAGCCGUGGGUAAAGCGGGUGCACAGCGCUCGGGGAUGCCCUGUCCCCUCCAGCUCCGACCUCAUCCCUGUCACCUUCAGACAUUCAGGGACGUAUGAGGGUGACUUUCUCAGGUGAUGUGUAGAAACUCUGCUUUGCUCUGCUUGCUUUUUUUUUUUAUUAACAGCAUAAAACACAACAGAUAAAAUAGAUGACUCCUGUAUAGAGCUCUUCCCCAAUUCCAGGCUUUUUUUCUCUCCUUGGAGACAACCUGCUUUGUAAUUAUGGUGUCCCAUGUCCUGACGGUGUUCUUGUGCCCUUCCUGUGUGUGCCCACAACCCUGAACUCAUCAAGGCUCUGCUCUGCACUUUUUUUUUUUUUUUUUGUCUUUUUCCUUUUUAUUGGUAUGGGAGGUCAAACUCACGACUGCCUGCUUGCAAUGCAGGCGCUUAUGCCGCUGAGCUAAAUCCCCAGCCCUGCUCUGCACAUUUUAAAAUGUGGCAUAAAGGGUGCUGCUGCCGUAGUGUUCUUUCCCUGUUUUUCUGAGCUAAAUAAAGUACUUUGCAGAUUUAACUCUAUGGUGCAUUAGGCCCUAGUUUAUUUUAGUAGCUGUGUGAACACAUCACAAUUUACCUGUUCCUUAGUUUUUUUUUUUUUUGAGAAAGAGUCUCUCUAUGCAGUUCCAGCAGGCCCUGAGCAGCUCUCUUUGGAGCCCAGGCUGGUCUUGAAUUUGCAACGGUCCUCCUGCCUCAGCCUCGUGAGUGCUGGGAUUACAAGCAUGCAGCACCAUGCCUGGAUGCCUGUUCCUUUGUUGAUGGACAUGGAUUUCUGUGGGGUUUUUCCUUUUAAUUUCCUUGCUCUGCUCUUGUUAGUGUCUGACUUUUUGGUUUUGGUCUGUCCAGAGGUAUGGAUGGUACCUCACUUACGCAUUUCCCUGAUAAGGAUAAGUAGUGAGGUUGAGAUUGUUUUAAAGCGUUUUUUGAACAAUCAGAUUUCUUUAGGUACUAGCUAUGCAUAUACACUGACCAAUUUACAAUGACCUUCCUGUAUUAAGUCAUAGGAUUGUUCUUAAUAUAUAGACACUUCUAUAAUUUUUAUACUUUCUAUAGUUUAUAUACUUUGGGGUUAUCCUAAUUAUGGCUCCUUGUUUAUUAUUAUCUUUUGCUGAAUAGGAAUUUUCUUUUUUUCUUUCUUUUUUUCCCGUUCUGCAUAUCAGACUCAGGACCUCAAGACUGGAGGCAGCAACUACUAAAGAGUUUCCCUUUAAUCUAGUCAUAUUAAACAAUAUAACAUUAGAGUUUGCGCUCUUAAAAACAUCUAGUUUAAGAAACUUCUUCCUGGGGCUGGGGGCAUAGCUCAGCAGCACAGCGCUUGCCUGUCAAGCGUGAGGUUGUGAGUCUGAUCCCCAGUACCCACCUCCCCCCGACAAAAAAAGGGAUUUCUUUCUCCUUUCAGGUCGCAAAGGAACUCUUCUGUGUUUUCUUCCCACCGUGUUAUUUUCACUAUUUACCUGCUUAGUUCACGUGGAAUUUUUUCAGACAGGGUGUGGUGUGGGGAACCAGCUGAAGGUCAUACCUAUCACCCCAUUUGUCAAGCAGUUUAUUUCCCCCCAGUGGGGGGACUUACCAGGUCUCCUCAGACGCUCGUGCUGGUUUCUGGAUUCCACAGCCGGAGCGUGGCCCAUUUGCUCAGUGCCCUGUUGCCCCCGGCUCCAUUACGGAGCUGUGAUCAUUUUGUGUGGAAAUCCCUCUCCGCAGCUUCUUCCACCUCGGUCCUUUACCCACAUUUCAGAGUCAACAAGUCCUGCUCUGCGGAGAAACCCUGCUGGGGUUUUGCUAGGAAUUGCACUGAGUUUAUAAAUUGAUUUGUGGAAGAAUUUGCUUUUGUUUUUUUAAACAAUACUUAAUGUUCUUGCCAGUAGACAUUUUGGUCUUUUUAUAUAUUCAGGUCUUUUCUAAUCUUUCAGAGCUUUUCCCAAAAAUCUUGUACAGAUUUUUGUUAGAUUUAUUCCUAUUUUCUCUCUUCUUGACUUUUCGUCUUUAGUACAGAUGAUAUAUUUUUUACAUGUUUGUUUUUGGACCAGGGAUCGAACUCACAACCUCACAUUUGCCAGGUAGGCGCUUACACCGAGCUGAAUCCCCAGCCUGAUAUAUUUUUUAAAGAUAAUAUUUUGUAAAGUUUUUACCAGUAUACAGGAAUGAAAUUUAUUUUUACAUACUUAUACCUGGCAAUAAUUUUAACAAUUGGCUGCUGCUUAUUGAAAUCUUCCAUCUAUCAUUUUUAUUAUUUUUCUAUUUUAAAAAAUUGUAUCUGCACUGGCUAUGUCCUUUAUGCUCAUUUGGAUAAGAAAUGUCUCAAAGAGUACCCUUAAAGUCCUGACUGUAAAUCAAAUAUUUCAUCAGUAAAUGUGGGAUUUCCAGCCCUAGUUGAAUAAGUGUUUUUUAAAAUCAUGAAUAAAUGUUGAAUUGUGUUGAUUGGUCCUAUUAAAAUGCUUAUUUUUUUCUUCCUUCAGUGUGUUAAAAAAAAGGUAAAUAAAAUUACAAGUUUUGAACAGUAAAUUCAUCGUUGUGUUCU